AGCUACCUUCUGUGGCAGCAGCUCGCGAUCAGCCUACUCCUACUCCAAUCCUGUGCUACUCCUACUCCUUCGCUAGCCACUAGGACAGAGGAGUCAUCAUGCCGUAGCUCGCCUGCAGCCGCCUCCCUCCCGCCAUACUGUUCGCUCUGCAGGCUGCCGCUGCCGCUGCCUUCUUUUUCCUCGCUCGAUCGGUCGCCGCCCGUCCUUGCCGACCAACGUCGACAGCUUGCCGGCGCCGGCCUCACUACAAGAGACACGACAGACAGACAGACGCGUCCAUUUGCUCGACGCAGCGAGUGGAGUGGGAAAGGAUGGAUCUUGCUCGGCUCCUCGUUGUCCUCCUCGUCGCCGCCGUGGUUGCGGCGAAGGCGGAGGGCGGCGACCCGCGCCUGCCGUCGGCGGAGCAGGAGGGCGUGUACGCGGCGCUUGAGGCCGUCAACCCGGGGUUCCCCUGGCGCGCCAGCUUCCCCGACGACCUCUGCCUCGCCGGCCCGCACGGCGUGUCGUGCGACGACGACGGCAACACCUCCCACGUCGUCGGCCUCUCCCUCGGCUACGUCUCCGACUUCUCCGCAAACCCCGGCUGCGUGGCGCCCUCCCCCUCCGCCGCCGCCACGCUGCUCACCUCCGGCCUCCUCGCCGCCUCCUUCCCGCGCCUCCGCAGCCUCUUCGUCUACGGCUGCUUCGUGCGCCCCGGCGGCGACACGCGGACCCUUCCGCCUCUCCCGUGGCUGCUCCCUCCCGCGCUGCAGGACCUUGUGCUCGUCAACAACCCCGCGCUCUCCGGCCGCCUGGCCGUCUCCGCGGCCCGCCUCCCGCUCCUCCGCCGCUUGGUCAUAGCCUCCUCCGACCUGUCCGGCGACCUCCCGGCCAAUGCCUUCCCGCGCCUUGAGCAGCUUGUCCUCUCCGGCAGCCGCUUCGCCGGCCGCAUCCCUCCCACGCUCAUCCAGGGGCUCGCCAGCAUCAAGAUCCUCGACCUGAGCUCCAACCUCCUCGCCGGCGGCAUCCCCCGCGCGAUCGGCGGCCUCACGCAGCUCGUCAAGCUCGACCUCUCCUCCAACAUGCUGGCCGGGCCGAUCCCGGACGAGCUCGGCCGCCUCGCGACGCUCGAGCUGCUCGACCUCUCCAACAACCGGCUCACAGGAGGCGUGCCGGCGGCGCUCAGCGGCAUGACGGCAAUCAGAGAGAUGUACCUCAGCGGCAACCGUCGCCUUGGCGGGCGCGUGCCGGCGGACAUCUUCGCUGGCCUGAAGCGCAUCUCCGCCGUCGGGCUUUCCGACGCCGGCCUCACCGGUCCGAUCCCGGCAUCGUUGGGGGAAUCACUUCACAACGUCACCUACCUGGGGCUUGACGGCAACCAGCUGGAGGGCGAGGUGCCUCCGGAGUUAGGAAAGCUGGCGGGCAGAGUCCGGCUUCACGGCAACCUCGCCAUCUGCGUGCCGCCGGAGUUCGUCGCCGCCGCCGGAUCACAUUCUCAUAUCGCAGCCGCAGGUGUCCCGUCGUGCAAGGGAACCAAGAUCCCCGUGACGCGGCGCCCGGUGGUCUUGCCGGUUCCCUUGGCAUCGGCGGUAGCGGCGAGCGCGGCGAAGUCGGCGGCGUUGCUGAUGGGGAUCAGCUCCUGUGUGGUCGUGACAAUGUUCUUGCUGGUGCGGGGUUAGUGGCUCCGGUGUGGUUAGCAAGGGUGUUUAGCUUAGUAUUGCAGCUUAGAUUUUGUUAAGUUAAAUUGUAAAAAUUAUGGUAUUGGUUGUGCUACUAACCAGUGAUGAGAAAAUUAACUAAGGUUUGCGACUGACAGCAGCUAAGCUAAAGGUGGGUGUAAGAAAGGAUGGCGCUAGGGAAGUAAUUAGUGUUCAAUUUUUCUUGAGGCAAAGUAUUAGUGUCUAAUUUUCUAGGUGACAAAUGAGCUACCAUCGAUAUUAUUG